CUGCGUGCUGGCCGCAGAGUACUGCGUUUCUGCGCCCUACUUUUCCUCGGGGAGCCGGCACCGUGGAGCAGUGGUAUGCAGCGCGGCCCGCUGUCUCCCAGUCCCACUGACAGUCCUGGCGCGCUCGGAACUUGGUAUCCCGGCGUGCAUCGCGGGCAGGGCAUGGCGGGACUACCAGUCCCAGCGUUCAACGCAAGCCUGCGGCGUAUUACCCCGUCACACGCCGAGACCCAGCCUCCUGAGACUACGAGUUCCGGCAUGCACCGCGAGCCGCUCUCCUCGACUUCCGUCGCGCACUGCGAGUCCCAAUGUCGCGAGACUACGGGUCCUGGCAUGCCGUGCGCGCCGCAGGCAGAGAGACCUGAGGCUGCUGGCGUCCGGGGGGCCCCGCCUCGUAUCUCGCUCCGUGUCCAGCGCGGACCCCACGCCGCGGGAGCUGCUGUGGUCUUCUCUUCCUCCGACCUCCCCUUCGACGCGGAAGCGCAGGGGCAGGGGAAGGUGCCCAGUCCCCAGGAGCACAAUCUGUCCUGGCCAUGUUUGUCCACCGAACUGCAACUCACACUCCGCAGGUCCUGGAGCCCACGAAAGACCCCCACAGGGAGCUCCCAGCCACGCACAGGUCCUGGGCCCCGGCGAGCCAGCCAUCACCACUUCACAGAUGCCCGCCUCAGCCUGGACAGCGCUCUGGUUUCGGUUCCAGAACCUCUCAGCCCAACAGCAGGAGGAGGCUCUCAGAGACGCAGCAUCACCGGCCUGGCGCUCGUCCUAAAUAGGAUCUCGGGGUGAUGAAGACUGGAAAUUAAUAGAUUCGUUUUCCACAACC